GCUCACUGUGGAGAGCUGGGUCAAGCGAAGCCGUCUCCAUCCAGCCAUUGGAGUUCGGACUUUUGGGACCCUGGCGAUAUCACACAUUGCGACUCUUAACACAAGAAACAAACAAAGACACGAGCAUAACAUCUAAUUUCGGGCAGAAGGGUGUGAAGAACUCAAGUCAAAAAUAGCCAUGCCACGAACAACACGAUCGAAAGCCGCCGCAACGGCCAGCGCAGAAUCCAAGGACACUUCAAAGACAAAGUCGACGUCCACCACCAAGACCAAGAGCGCCUCCAGCAACAGCUCAAUCUACACCCUCGCCCCAGAAGUCGAUUCCCCUCCCAACAUCUUCAUCCUCCCCAAGUCCGCCACCCCACAAUCCCGCAUCGUCACCCUCCAAAACCCGCGCUAUGCCAAACCCACGCGCUACCUCGUCUGCCCCGACUCCGGCAGCUUCUACGAGUUCACCAAGAUCGCCGCCCCCCAGAACAAAUCCCCACGCAGCUGGCUAAUCGACAGCGCCACCCUCGAAGACGGCACCCCCCUCACGCCCGCGCAAACCACAAAAGACUCCGAGCUCUACGUGGCCACGCAGAUCGACCCCCUCUUCCUCGUGCUGCCCGCCCUAGCAGCAGCCAAGAUCACAGACAAGAAGCAGCAGCAGCGCAUGUUCCUCUCGAGCGACGACCACUUUGACGCCGUAUCGGAGCAGGACAGCAGUGAUGGAAAGAGGAAGAACCACCUCCUGGAAGUGCUCAAAUGGCCUCAAGCGCGAAAACUGCUUGAGAAGCGCAUGGCGAGCGUCUGCGACACCGUGGAGGCGGGUGACGAGACGAUGUUUCGACUUAACGAGACAAAGCUUGUCGAGGAGCUGUUGUCGAAAGCCAAGCGCAUGAGCGAGGGCGGUUUGCCGAAGAGUAUGGAGGAGAAGUUUGUCGCUAAGGCGUUGGAGGCGCCGAUUGUGGGGAUUAGGACGACGGUGACGAGGUCGAGUACCACUGUCACCACUGAGUCUACCAGUACUGAGUCGCAAGAAGGGGAGGAGACGAUGGAAACAAUGACGACGACGACCUCCCUCUCCGAAGCCACCACCGCUGUAGCGACUCCAACGGCCGGAGCCGGAGUCGAAGUCGUCGCCUCCCUCCUCCCCACCCCAGAAAUCCUCAACCUCCAACGUCUCCGCGUAUCUCUCAAUUUCCUCACCUCCUCUUAUCUCCCUCCUUCCCUCUCCUCUUACCUCAAGUCCCAACUAUCCUCUCCCUCCUCAGUGGACUUUACCCCCCUAGAGUCCUACCUGGCGCAAUUAACCAAGCUCCGCCAAGAAGCGGUCGCGUCGAGGUCGCACAGUGAUUUCUCGCGGAAGCGGAUAGCGGGAGACGAGGAGGAGGCGUUUGAGAGGGCGGAGAAAAGACGCAAAAAGGAAGAAGAAGAAAAGGUGAAGAAGGCGGGUGUGAGUAGGGGGGUGAAGGAGUUGGCCAAGGUUAAUACGAGGGGGAUGAUGAAGUUGACUAGUUUUUUUCAGAAGAAGACGUGAAGUUGGUGGGGGAUUGGGGUUUUGGGAAUGGGGGAUGAAAGGUUCUGUCUGGAUAGGGCAAAAGGGAAAAGGGAUUGAUAUGUAUGGCAAGAUCACAAAAAUGGCGUUUUGAAGGGUUUCAAGGUUUGGUUUGGGUAUCUGUAC